AUGGGAACUUCACGAUAUGAUAAACCCAGACCACUAAGGUCAUCAAGACUCUUUCGACUCUUCCUCAUCAUCCUUCUCUGCAUCAUCUUACCAUAUCGACUCUUCUCCCGCAUCCAACAAUGGCGCCAUCCAUCCGCCGGUCUCAACCUAGCAUACGCAACCCUCCUGUUCGAAGACUCCGCACACACCACAGGCAAAGAUGCAGAUGCAUACUUCGUCAGCGUGCGAAUGCUAAACUACCAACUCCUGCACGACCCCAAAACUAGAACGAAGAAAAACAUCCCGUUUAUAGUCUUGACAACCCCCGGAGUGGACAUGUGGAAAGUGGCCCAACUCUCCAUGGACGGAGCAACAAUCAUUCCAGACGAGAAACUAGAUACGCACUGGAUCCAACCCGGUCAAUCGCGCUGGCAAGACGUGAUGACCAAACUACGAGUCUUCGAACUCGUAGAAUACGACCGAAUCCUCUUCCUAGACGCCGACACCUACCUGUUCAAGAACCUGGACUCCAUAUUCGACGAGCGCGGAGCCCAACCCCUUAAAACCCGUCACAAGAAACCCGAGAUCAAAAACGACGAAGCGAGACUCCCAGAUGAAUACCUCUUCGCAACCCUCUCCGAAGUAACCCAAUCCCUCCACACCUACCCACCCCUCCCCAUGUCCUACUUCAACGCAGGCUUCUUCCUCCUCUCCCCCUCUAUCGAGCUCUACGAGUACUACCUCUCCCUCUUCCCGCUCAACCGUUUCGAAACCAUCUACCCAGAACAGAACCUACUCAACUACGCGCACCGGCAGAACGGGAACAUGCCCUGGAGCCGGUUACAUUACUCCUGGAACAUCCAAUUGCCUUCGAUGCAAGAUGUGAAGGAGGGGGUGGCGAGCGUGCAUGCGAAGCUUUGGACCGGGGGGAAUGAGUUGCAGCCUGUGCCGCAGGAGUUGAGGGAGCGGUGGGAGGCGAAGAAGUUGGAGAUGUGGGAGUAUUAUAGUAAUGGGUUGCAGCAGCAGCGGAGGUAUGAGGAGGAUUGGAAGAAGGGGCUUUAUGGGGGGCCGUUGCAUCGGCAUAUGAGGUAUGGGUCUGGACAUCGUUGA